AUGAAGUUUGUGGCUCUGGUUUCCGGAGGCAAAGAUUCAUGCUACAACAUACUCCAUUGCAUGAAAAAUGGGCAUGAGUUGGUAGCAUUUGCAAACCUACAUCCCAAGGAAGAGAACGUGCAAGAGCUGGACAGUUUUAUGUUUCAGACUGUUGGCCAUGAAAUUGUCUCAUACUAUGGGAAAUGCACAGGUCUUCCCGUCUUUAGACAAGCAAUUGCCCGUGAUACAUCAAAAAAUGUGGCCCUGAACUAUUUUGCAACGGCAGGCGAUGAGGUCGAAGACUUAUAUCUGCUUCUCAAGAGGGUCAAAGACAGUAACUUAGGCGUGGAGGCUGUGAGUGUCGGCGCAAUCCUCUCGUCCUACCAGCGUACUCGGGUUGAGGAUGUGUGUUCAAGGCUUGGCUUAACUGCAUUGAGCUACCUGUGGGAACGAGAUCAGGAAGACCUCAUGAGAGAAAUGUGCUCCAUGUCUAAGAAACCCGGAGACGCGCCAGUCGCUAAACUCGAUGCAAGAAUUAUCAAGGUUGCCGCUAUAGGGCUAAACCAGAAUCACUUGGGGCUAAGCCUUCCUGAGAUAUUCCCUACCUUGUUGAGUCUGAACCGUAGAUACGGUGUACAUAUAUGCGGCGAGGGAGGUGAAUUCGAAACAAUGGUAUUGGACGCCCCCUUCUUUACAAAAGGGUACUUAGAGAUAGUUGGAUUGCGGACUACAGUUGAACGCGGCUCAGGAGUAUGCACUGCCGCUCUCGAUAUUCAAUUCGUUGCACGACACUUAGAGGGGACUACCGGGGCGGAUCUCGCUAAUCUCCCCGUACCUAAACUUGAAAAUAAAUGGGAAGAGAUUUAUCAUGAUCUGGAACCCACAAAAUUUGGCGACAUCCCAUCUUCUAUACACUCCUCUGCUGAAACUGGGGUGUCACUAUCGGAAAAUACUGUGGGGGGGCUGUUAUAUGUUAGCAAUAUUCAGCCACGCUGCAGAGGGCCUCUAGAAAAGCAAGCAAGGGAUGUAUUCGAUCAAUUAAACGAAUCGCUAACUAGACAUGGCGUUGUAAAAGCGCAAGUAUUGUCUUCUGUUUUACUAUUAGCCGACAUGGGCACCUUUGCCGAGAUAAACACCGCGUACAAUGGUUACUUUUCGAUCCAAGAAAUUGGCCCCUUACCUCCAUCCAGAGCGUGUAUUGAGUCUAAAUCUCUUGCGCCUGGAAUUGGGCUCCAGCUUUCGGUCGUUAUCCAACACGAUAUAAAGAUUGUGCCAUGUGCUAACCUUCUGCUCAACCCAGGGAAGGGGGGUCUCCAUGUACAGAGCAGGUCAUACUGGUGCCCCUGCAAUAUUGGCCCGUAUUCACAGGCCACGUGGGAUACCACAGAUAGGAACAAGGUCGCGUAUAUUAGCGGUCAGAUUGCGCUACUACCAAACACUAUGGAAAUGUGCAACACAUUGACUGGGACAUCCGGAAAUCCCUAUCAAGAGGGUCUGUCUCAGGCCAUCCUUGCGUUGCGCCACUUUAAUACCUUGAAAAAGUCCAUUGAGACAUGUCAUCAGCUCUUCAUGUGCUGUUAUAUUGCGGAAGAUUUUAUGGCGCCGAUUGCGUCUAGUGUUUGGUCUUCCUACUGCUCCUCGAAUCCAGAUAAUACACUAGGUACUUUGUUGAUAGUGCGGGUAAGCGCACUUCCCAGAAGCGCUCUUUGUGAAUGGGGCGGUAGCGCAUGCCAGCGACUGCUGGUUGAGGACGACGACGAUGAUUACAGCGAUGAGCUUCCGGAACAAUGCUCGGAUACUCUACCGUCGAUGGCUCUCAACUAUGAAGCUUUCCUAGACGUAAAUGUGAUGACAGUAAGAGCGAAAAACCAGGUCAGACACUACUUGACUGGCUUUUUGGACACACAGGGCGAUGUAAAAAAGGUUCUUGAUUCCUGUGUUCAGUGCCAGAUUACGCUAUAUUAUGUACCAUCCCCGGAAGUUACCCUUCCAACAGCGUCAAAUGUAGAAUACGUCCCUGUGAACGCCAUCUACGAUUCCACGGCACGGAUUAGAAAUUAUGCACUUCAAAUUAAAUACUAG